AUGCGCCUUGAAAGGCAAGGCUCCUGUUACUGGUCCAUUUGGAGAACCCUUGACAAAAACCAAGCAGAACGUGGGGGCCAGCCCUUAUCCUACAAUGGGUAUUUGUUUGCUUAUUUCGGCUUUAGAGCCGAUGCCAAAGCCCGGAAAGAAUGCCACAAGUUUGAAAGGAAUUAUCAGUGCAAUCAGAUUUGCGAGGUUUGCUUGGCAGAGCGACCCAACAAGUAUGGUGACCCUGCUUUGACUUUCAAAAAUUUCUACUCGGAUGCAGCUCACCUUUUGACCAGUCUUACUCAUGCAGAAUAUCUGGCCACUUCGAACCAUCAAAGCCCUUGGGAGAACAUGCCUGGGUUUCACGUGAAGUCUUGUUUCAGGGAUCCAAUGCACACGCUGUUCCUUGGAACUGCCAAAGAUUUACUUGCAUCUUGCUUGGGCCUUUGGUGUCGCAAUGGGUACAUCGAGGGGCCUAACCUAGCAGAACAGCUUCGAUGGGUGUCUGCCACACAGAGGGAGUAUUGCAAAGCUGCAGGUUUGAGGGCAACUUUCAAAACAUUCACGCCAGCAAACACAAAUUUGGACAAACGAUCAGAGUUUCCUGAGAUCGGGUCUGCCUUCAAGGCAGCAACCAUCAAGACCAGCAUAUGGUUCUUUGCGAAACUGUCAAGUGAGAUCGCUGCUUCAAACCCUGAGGAUCAACAGCUGCAGUUGGUGGCAACAUGCCUUUGGAAUCUUCAAAAAUCGUUGGAGAUAUUGGAUCACAACGACAUCAUCCUGCCCACUUAUGAUGCCAAGGUGGCCAAGAGUACCAAAUUCAACUAUGUAGAAGUUCAGAUGCCCUUCCUUACAUACGCACCAUCCUGGUUUUGA